AUGCCCAGUGCCCGCUCGAUCCCGUCAAGCCCGGUCAACUUCUCGUUCCGCAACCUUGAAUUGUCGCCUAAUGUGUCCACAGCAUCUACACCUACGAUUGCUGAUGGAAGUAUGCUUGAAAAGCAAAUGUUGUCUGCUCAUGCUGUGGCGCAGAUGCAAGAUCCUGUCAAGAUCUGGAUGGACCGUGCUAUGAUGGACUCCAAGCGUGUCUUGUACUUGAAUAUGGGCAGUAUCUUCUUCUACAACAGAGAGGACUAUGACAACAUUGUUGCCUCGCUUGAGAUGCUUCACGAGCAAGUACCGGAUAUUCUUGUCCUUUGGAAAAUCGGCAACCAUCCCCAGAGUGUGCAGCCCAUUCCCACGUUGGAGGAAUGCAACCUGCCCUCCUAUAUUCGUCGCGAGCACUGGAUUGCGGACGUUGAAACUGUUCUUUCGCAUCCGGCUCUGGCCGCUUUUAUGCACCAUGGUGGAGGUAACUCGUACAACGAAGCCUUGGCUCAUGGCGUGCCGCAAUUCUGUAUUUCACAGUGGGUGGAUACGCACGACAUUGGAUUGUACAUUCAGCAUUCAGGUGUGGGCCUCUGGGCAGAAAAGUCGCCCAAGUUUGACCCAUCGGAUAUGGUUCCGAAGCUGGUGCGUCUGCUGAAGGACGACUACAAGCGGUUCCGACACUCAGCAUUGUCUUGGAAGCUAAAGUGCAUCCAGGCUGGUGGCACCAUUGGCACCGUUGAUAUUAUUGAAAAUUUGCUCAAGUCGUACGAUUUCCCUGAUAACAACAGCAAGGCUCGCAUACCAGACGCCAUUUAG